GAUGCAAAAGCGUUAAAGAGUAUGCCUAGAAGUAGAACGUGUGGCUCGAGUUGGGCCUUAUUAGCUAUCAUAAGUGGACAAAAGAACAAACUCUUCCCCUCUUUUCUUUUGAAGAAAAUGCAAGGGAGAGCUUUAAUCACUGCUGAAUUCUCAGUUUGAUCAUAAAUGCCAGCCCUAACACACAUUGUUUUCGUUUUAGGGGAAUGAAAACGCUGAUGACCGAGUCGUACACGAUGCCACUCGAAAGAAAACGAUGGGAAUUGUUUAGCUUGAACGUACCGAAACCAUGGCAUGCUCCUCUUGAAAGUAAGAGCCUUUCAUUAUGAACUGCGGCCUAUUUGGCAUAAAAUUUCAAUGCGCGAGCGAAAGGAGACACACGCGCGUCCGCUGAGUCUCCUCGCGAGAGGCGAUCUCCCCGCGCACACUUUUGCGAGAAAAGCUGCCUUUGCCCACCUCGCAUAGUAAUUUUCUUCACUCUUUUCUCACUCUCUCAGACAAACGUAAACGAGUUAUAUUGAGUUGUGUAUCUAAAUAAACAUAGUCUCGACUUCAAGAUGCAUCGCCGUGUUCGCGCACCUUUAAAUCCCGAUUUACGUAGGCUAACAUGUUUAAAAUCAGUAUAAAGGACACCUGUUUCUGUACUUGAUAAGUAACUGAAUUUUUUUCCCCUUUUUUGCUCUCUUUGUGUAGGUCCCGGUCCAGGAGAGACAUUCCGAGUACCCCGGAUGUACAACACCGAAUACCAGUUCUACGGCAGCGAAAAGCCUGUCACAGUUUGACUGAACAUAAAGGCUAGUAGAAACGCGCGAUAUUGUUGUCUUUUUACGUGUACAUCUUACGAUGUGGAAAGGGAACAUCAGUACCUUUUUUUCGUUUUUAAAAAAUCUAUCCGAAUAUAAAUUUUUUCUGGCUGGUGGACAGGAAGUUGGGGCGAGGAUGUUGGUUUUGGG